AUGGGACCUUUCCCAAUGUCAAAGGGGAAUAAAUACAUAUUGGUAGCAGUCGAUUACGUAUCCAAAUGGGCGGAGGCACAAGCAUUACCCACAAAUGAUGCUCGUGUAGUAGUACGUUUCCUCAAAAGGUUAUUUUCAAGAUUUGGAGUUCCUAAGGCUCUAAUUAGUGAUCGAGGCUCCUACUUCGCAAAUGAUCAGUUAGCUAAGGUGUUGCAAAAAUAUGGUGUUCACCAUAGGUUUUCAACAUCAUAUCAUCCUCAAACAAGCGGCCAAACUGAAGUUACAAAUCGGGCAUUGAAGAGAAUAUUAGAAAGAUCGGUUGGAAGUAAUAGAAAGGAAUGGUCGGAUAAGUUAGUUUAUGGGAAGAGUUGCCACUUGCCAGUUGAUAUAGAGCAUAAAGCAUUUUGGGCUUUGAAGAUAUUUAAUUUUGAGUUAGAUGAACUACGUGCCAACCGGUUGAUACAAAUGAAUGAUCUCGAAGAACAUAGAAACGAAGCCUACACAAGUUCUUUGAUUUAUAAAGACAAAACUAAGAAGUGGCAUGAUAUGAGGCGUAAAGGUAAUAAAGAGUUCCAUGAAGGACAAAGAGUGCUACUUUUCAACUCAAGGUUGAAGCUGUUUCCCAGAAAAUUGCAAACAAGGUGGGACGGGCCAUUUGUUGUCAAACAAGUUUUCCCACAUGGAGCUAUCGUGCUUAUUUCAAGAGACAAGACCCCGUUCAAGGUUAAUAGGCAUCGAGUGAAGCAUUACGAGGACGGAAUGCCAAGUGAAGAAAGGGAGGGUGAAAUCGUCAAGUUCACACGAGCGGAAACAACGUAG